ACUUUUCUUUUUCUUCAUUUAGUAUCACAGAAAUUCAACUUUACAUUCUAACUGUAUCUUUUAUCAAAUUGCAAUUAAACAUAAAUCAUUUUUUCGAAAUAUAUUUUUAAGUAAUAACUUUUAAUAGUGUGUGAUUAUAUUGAUAGUUGACAAGUGACAAUUUCUCCUUGAUAUAAAUACAACUAUUGUUUAUGCAAAGAAGGAAGCAUUGUAGCUUUAAAAAAGGACUAUUGCUAUUAUUAUAACAUACAAAAAAGUGUAUAAAAGAACAAGUCAAAGGUUUAUAAUUCAUGUCAAUGCUGUCCUUGUAGUCCAGAUGCUAAGUGCCUAUUUCCUAUUUCAUUUCAGAUGCAAAGCAUCUUCUAAGUAAUGCAGUGUAACUGUGAAGCGAGUCGAGACGUACAGAAAAUAAAACCACUUACAAAUAUAUUUAACUGAUUUUCGUAAAUUACACACAAUCAAUUAUAAAUAGUAAUGUCAACGGCACGAUGGAUUUUAUCAAUUAUCUCUACUGCACUGAUAAGAUAGAUAAAAAACAUAUUUUAUGUGUUUAAUUUAUGAAAUUAUCAGUUAUACGCUGAUUCUCAAACAAUAUCUAUCAUGGUCCGCGAUCGAAUGCCGGAGUUACGUGCCUAUCAAAAUAGUAGUACUAUGUUUGGUAAAGGAUUUUUACAAGAUGUACGCAUACAAAUGUCCCAAAAUAAAAAAUUGAAGGAAGUAUUAGAUCAAGUUGAGGAAGUUCGAGACUUAAUUCAACUUAUUGCUGCCAAUACCGCUAUUGUAAAGGAUUUACAUAAUAAUGUUUUAUCAUACACUAAUAAAGAUAUGCAAAAAGAAUUGGAAAGUCGAAUGUAUACUAUUUCACAAACGUCAUUUCGUAUUCAACGAAAAUUAAGAGAAAUGGGAAAAGAAAUCACUCGUCUUGAUGAUUUAACUUUAACCAGCGCGAGGGAAGGUCCUAUACAUCUACGAAUUAAAGUAAUACAACAUACAACGAUGAUAAAGCUAUUCUCUGAAAUUAUGGAAGAUUAUAACAUAUCUAUGAUAAGAUAUCACGAAAAAUGUCGUUUACUUUUACAUCAACAAAAAAUGUUAAUCCGAAAACAUAUUACGAGCGAAGAAUUGGAAAAAUUACUCGAUGCUCAAGGAAACAACUUAUUUGUUGAUAAUAUUUUAGAAGAUAGUAGAAUUGCAAGGCAACAAUUAUCUGAUAUUCAAAGUAGGCAUAAUGAUAUAGUCAAAAUAGAAAAAUCUAUUGGAGAAGUUAGAGAUAUGUUUACGGAAAUGGCAUUUCUUAUUGAAAGACAAGGAGAACAAAUAAAUAGUGUAGAAUAUUUUGCUGGAAGGGCAGCAGAUGAUGUUGACACUGGUCGUAUUGACCUUAAAAAAGCAGAGGAAAGAAGUCAGAGACAUAGAAAGAGAAAAAUUAAACUUGCUAUCAUAAUUAGCACAAUAAUUAUCAUUUUGUUGAUGAUCAUCAUUUUCUUGUAAGACGAAAAAGAUAUAAAAUUUUGUAAAUAAAAAUGAGAUUUGUUGAAAUGAA